AUGACCCGUCCUCUCUUGUGCCUGAGCGCACUCGUCAGCUUAUACGCGCAUGUCGUUGAUGGCACUCCCACCAUUGCUUUCCCAUUCAACGCGCAACUUCCUCCCGUCGCACGGAUAGGCAGCCUGUGGACGUAUACUCUCUCACCGCAUACGUUCCGCUCCGACUUCAACAUCACAUAUACAUUGGGCCAGCAUCCGAGCUGGAUGUCAUUCGAGGGCCAAAGUCAAAGACUGUACGGAAUUGCCGAAGAUGAUAGUGUACCACCGGGAGAAGUGGUGGGCCAGCCUUUCCAGAUCAUCGCUACGGAUGAUACAGGUUCCGCUACCAUGGAUGCCGAAAUUGUGGUAUCGCGAGACGAGGGGCCCAGCAUCAGGAUCCCCAUCUCUGAGCAGAUCCAGCAGUUUGGCGACUACUCGGCCCCAUCUUCGCUUCUGACAUAUCCGUCGACCGAUUUCAAGUACACUUUCGACCAGCAGACGUUUAAGCAUGAGCCGAACAUGAUCAAUUACUACGCUACUUCCGGGAACAGCAGCCCCCUGCCGGCUUGGAUCGCAUUCGACGCGCCGUCGCUCACCUUUACCGGCCAGACUCCAGGGGUGGACGCGCUAUAUCAACCGCCGCAGCAGUUCGAUAUUCGGCUUGUCGCGUCGGAUAUUGAAGGAUUCUCGUCGACCUCAAUCGAAUUCUCCAUCGUUGUUAGCAGUCACAAAAUCACCGUCGAUGAACCAGUGCUCGAGCUCAAUGCCAGUCGCGGCAAUUCAUUCGAGUACGAUGGUCUCGGGGGUAGUGUGAAACUCGACGGCAAGCCUGUCGCGCCUGGCGACUUGGACGUUGCCGUCACGAACCUACCUCAAUGGUUGUCAUUUGAUCAAAAGUCAUGGGUUCUCGAGGGGAAGCCCGGAAAGGAAGAUCAUUCUACCAACUUCACUCUCACAUUCUCGGAUUCGUUUUCCGACACUCUCGAUGUUUGGGGCACGAUAAAUGUUGCGUCCGGGCUCUUUGAGACCACAUUCCACAAUAUCGAAGCGACCCCUGGCGAAGAGUUCAAACUGGACCUAUCAACCUACCUGAAGGAUCCCAAAGAUACUGAGAUUGAGAUCAGCACAAGGCCACAGCAGGCUUGGCUGAAGCUGGACGGCCAAGAGAUCAAGGGCAAAGUGCCAAAAUCCGAGUCGGGCAAGCUCGAAAUCAUGGUGCAAGCCCAAUCCAAAAAGUCGGGUAUUAUGGAGACGGAGACCUUCGCGUUGACUUUCCUCGCGCCUGAUGGCAGAAGCACGACAACGCCCACGACGGGGACAGCACAACCGUCACAGACAGGAACCAAUGUCGACGAUGAUGGCGAUGAUCACGAUGAGAAGGGCAAUGGAGAUGAGGAGGGAAAGGGUCAGAAGGACAAUGCUGCGGACGAAGGAGGUCUUGGUACUGGCAAGAUCCUCCUUGCCACCAUCAUCCCAAUCCUUGCUAUUGCGCUGCUCCUUAUGCUCCUGAUAUGCUGUCUCAAGCGUCAACGCGCCCGCAGAACAUACCUGUCCAAGACAUUCCGUUCAAAGAUUUCCCAACCCGUUGUCGGCAGUUUGCGUGUCAACGGCUCGAAUCUGCACACUGACAAGAUGGACCAACCCGUCGGUGUCGCGACUCAAAUGUCCCGUGGGCUGAAAGGAGGCUAUGGGCAACCAGACUCCCACCGUUCCUCGCACUCAUCCGCCACUCUCGGCAGCCUAUCAUCGGGAGAUAUGAGCCAAGUGUACAUGCUCAACGCCGGCCCGGGAAGGAGUCUUGGAAGUUCUGGGACUGAGGACGGCAGGGGUUCUUGGAGUACUGUCGGCCGGACAGUAAAUGAAAAUAAUAGCCGGGGGUCUCUGGUCACCAUCCCCUACUCGGCGCAUCAAUUGCUGCCCACACCACCUCUCCUAGCCCAGACGAGCGAGGGCUUCCGAAGUGGGCUGGACCUCACAAUACCCUCUCUUGACGACCUGCCGAGCCUACAGCAGAUGUAUGCGCCUCCCCCGCGAUCGACAGCAAUGUACUCAACGAUCACAACGAGCUCAGCAGCCCUGCCUCAUUCGCGCCCUACUUCACCCAAGACGGGCCCUGCGACGGCUGCUAGCAUCGGACAGAAGUCUAGCAGCUCCGACAAGGACUGGAGCACGAUUCGAGAAGACGACUCUGUGCCUUCGUUGCCUCCGCCGCCGGCAAGACUCUCCGGCAUCCGUGGGCUUGGGUCGGAGCGAGAGUCUAUGGUAUCGGAAGCCUCCUUCGGCUCCGGCGAGAACUGGAGAGUCCUGGGACGCAACAAUGGCGGCAGUGUGCCCAAUCUGUCCACCUACAGGGAGUAUGUCGAGGGCUCACCAUUCUAUCCAUCCGGUGUCAGGGACGAGAUCGCGUCGAGUCGCUUGGUGCAGACUGCGCCCAGAGCGCAAAGCUCCCUCCGUAAGGUGUCUACGGACGAAAGCCCGGCUAGCAAUGUUCAAGUAUCGGGAAGCCGUAUUUCUCGGCUCACCGAGGAAAGCAAGGGUGUGUCGAGCAAUCGGACGCGAGAGGGCUCAGGGACCACCGCCGGGAGUUACAAGGCGUUCAUUUGA